UUGAUGCGUCGUCAAGCGUCGACCGCGUUUCAGUCAGAUUUCAACGUAUUUUGAAAGUUAAAUUCACUUUAAAACUCCAAUCUGUACAAUCUCAGCAACCCCGAAUACAUAACAACAUCCGAAAAUGUGUCAAUUUUACGUUCAAUCAUCAAAGUGACAUGAAAUGUUGAACUUUUUUCUUUCAAAAUAUUAUGAAAUUCCAUCGUAUUCUAAGUUGCCGGUAUGCUUGCGGCAUGUAAUUCUAUUUCUUUAAAUAGUUCCCCCACUGAUAUUUGAUUUCAGUUGCGGCACGUACGUUCAAUAAGUCAAACUGUUUUUAUCUUCCUCAUUAAAAUUGAAAAAAUGAAACUGUUGCAAGUGUUGUUGGCAUUGUGUGUGAUUUAUCAAAAUGUGUGCAGUUACAAAUUUUUGGCAGUGCUUCCAACGACAUCGAGAUCUCAUUAUUACAUCGGUCACAAUUUGAUGAAAGCUCUUGCUGAAGACGGUAAUGAAGUGACCGUGAUCAGCCCGUUCAAACAAAAUAAACCCAUAAACAACUACAAAGAAGUGUUUCUUGAGCAUUCCUGGGAAUUGUCUCGUAAAACCAUGGCAAAAAAUAAUUUUGUCGAUUUAAGUGGUGUUCAUUUUUGGGAAUUCAUAUUUAUGAGCUAUAGCACUGGUAUGAAUAUGACGAAUUGGACGGUAUCGAGUAAAAAUUUCCAAGAUUUCAUAAAAAUCAAACAACAUUUUGAUGCUGUAAUUGUUGAAGUUUUACUUAAUGAUGCCUUACUUGCACUUGGAAACUAUUAUAAUGCACCUGUCAUUGGGCUCAGUGCAUUCGGUGCGUCCAAGUUCACAACCGAUUUAGUUGGUACACCAAAUUUUGCAUCUUACAUACCAUUCACAAUUAACCAUUACACCGAUCGAAUGAACUUCUGGCAACGAAUGUACAAUUCAUUGGCGUAUUGGUUUGAAGACAUCACGUUGCCGUAUUAUUAUACACCAAAGCAGCAAGAAUUAAUGGAAAAAGUUUUUCCCGACGCUAAAAACUGGCCAUCUUUGGAAGAAAUCAGACGAAAUGUGUCUUUGGUCUUAUUGAAUACGCAUACAACAAUCGGUACACCACGGCCGUACGCUUCGAAUAUGAUUGAAGUCGGUGGCAUGCAGAUCCAAAAGGAAAUUUCUCCGUUGCCGGAAAAAAUUCAAACAUUUCUGGACGAAGCAAAAGAUGGAGCCAUUUUUGUUUCACUCGGUUCACAAUUGCUCUUACACAAGCUUCCAAAAAAUAAAUUUGAUUCAAUUGUUAAUGCCUUCAAAGCAUAUCCAAACUAUCGAAUUCUGAUAAAAAACGAUGAACCCAUCACUAUACCAUCGCACAAAAAUGACAAUGUAUACGUUGAACCAUGGUUUGAUCAGCAGUCAAUUUUGGCGCACAAAAACAUCAAAUUGUUUGUCAGUCAUGGCGGUCUUUUGAGUACAACUGAAACUGUACAUUUUGGCAAACCUGUGGUGGGAAUUCCAUUCAUGUUCGAUCAACAUCUUAAUAUGUAUUUGGCUGAACAAAAGGGCUACGGUGUCAACGUGCCAUAUGAACAUUUAACUGAAGAGAGAUUAGCAUCAGCUGUUAAGAGAGUUCUUGGAGAUCCCAGCUAUGCGGAAAAUGCAAAAUUAAUAUCGGAUAGAUUUCGCGAUCAACCACUAACUCCGCUGGAAUUAGGAAUGCAUUGGGUUAAACAUGUGGCCAAAAAUAAAGGCGCUCCACAUUUGAGAAGCGUCGCUGUGGAAUUACCAUUUUAUAAACUGUACAACUUGGAUGUUUGGGUGUUCAUUUUUGCUAUUCUGGCGUUCGCAGCAUUUUCGUUGAUAAAAAUUCUUCAAAUAAUUGUUUCACUUGUUUUACCGUCAAAGACGAAACAAAAAUCUAAAAAAGCGUAGUCGAACUUUCCUGUAGAAAUUAUUUCAUGAACUUGAACAUGCGGUUACAAUGAAUUGCCAAACAAAUUAGAUGCCAAAAAUAAAAUAUAUUCCACGUAUUCAAUCCACGUGCUGAUGAUGUAACGAAAAAAUGUUUGAAGUCUACUUGACGUGUAUUGAGUAGAAUUUGCUGUCACCGAAUACAAAUGUAAUUGAAUCUAGAAUAAAAAAUCUUGGAAAACA